AUGGCGUGUUUCUGGAACUUGUUGCCGACCUUUCCUUUCCCUUCGUUCCCCUUUCGUCAGGAAAGAAAAGGCCCCGACAUCGGCGAUUCCUCGCGAUUCCAUGUAAUUUUGGCUAGGGAGAAACGGGAACUGAUUCAUUGCCGGCCGGGAAGAGCGGGACACCAAUUACAGACGCUUUCAGCGAACGGCCCGUUUGGUAUCUGUGCUGCUUUUGCUCAACUCUCGUUCCGUGGUUUUGCAGGAGGUUUCAGAAGAAGCGGGUAA